AAUUGCGGCACUCCUUCCUGACGUCCACCAUCUGGCCAACCAAGCCGAUGAAGACGAGCACCUCCAAACCGUCAACGAAAACUCCCUUCUCCUGCCAUCCGACUGCCUGCCACCCCAGAGAAGACGAAUGGCAGUAGAAGACCCUCGAAAGACACCACUCGAAAAGGAACGGUUGCGAACAAAAGGCAGCAGUCCAUCGUGGUCAAUCCAUCGACGACGCAUCGUGCAUAGCCACCAAUGAGGAGUUGAUGUACCAUUGGCACACGAUGAACGAAUUCUACAAGCAAGCUGGAUCUGGGCCAGAUGGGAAUGAAACCAUUGAUAAAACGGUACGGCAGGAUGGUUCAGAGCCGCGAAUGUGCAUGUAUUUCCAUAUGUAGGAGUAUUCGGCACCUUCACGCUUCUCGAGAGUGCCGCGGACGUGACUAAGGCAAAGAUGCUAAUCGAAGUCGGCAAACAAACACCUAUGUUCGCGCGCAUGUCGACGAUCCUAGGCAGUCGGUGCAGUGCGGAUAACGUUAGAGACGUACGAGGCUUUGCACUUAAGUUUUACACCGACGACGGCAAUUGUGAUCUUGUCGGGAACAACAUUCCGGUCUUUUUUCUUAAUGAUGCGAUGAAAUUCCCAGACCUUAUCCACGCGGGAAAACCGGAGCCUAGACUAGAAGUACCACAGGCACAGACAGCCCACAAUAACUUCUGGGACUUCCAGUAUCUCCAUCCCGAAGCCACACAUAUGUUCAUGUGGGCAAUCUCAGAUCGGGCCAUUCCCCGGAGCUAUCGUAUGAUGCAAGGAUUCGGCGUCAACACCUAUCGCCUAGUUAACAAGGACGACGUGUCGCAUUUCGUUAAGUUUCACUGGACGCCAACGUUAGGCGUGUGUUCCGUUAUGUGGGACGAGAACCUCAAGAUUGGUGGCCAGGAUCCCGACUUCCUGCGAAAAGACCUUGCCGAGGCGAUCGAUAACGGUGUCUAUCCCAAGUGGAAAUUCGGUAUUCAAGUAUUAUCAGAAGAUCGACAAGACGACUUUGAUUUUGAUAUCUUAGACGCGACUAAGGUUUGGCCCGAAGAAUUGGUGCCUAUCCGCUAUAUUGGCGAGUUUGAACUGAACCGCAAUCCAGACGAGUAUUUUCCGCAGACUGAAAUGGCGGCCUUUUGCACCUCACAUAUUGUGCCAGGGAUCGAAAUGUCUGACGAUCCCGUUCUUCAGGGCCGGAAUUUCUCAUACCUUGACACACAGAUCUCUAGGUUAGGUGUUAACUUUCAGCAGCUGCCCAUCAAUCGGCCUGUCUGCCCAAUAAUGAAUAUUCAUCGCGACGGAGCCGGUCAGCAACGCAUCCACAAAGGAAAUGUCAACUACUGGCCGAAUCAAUUUGAGGCGACGCCGCCGAAACGACCCACCGCGCAGAAUUAUAGCACCUACCCGGAGAAACUGGCGGGUAUCAAGGCGCGGACAAAAUCACCCAAGUUCCAGGAACACAUCGACCAGGCCGAGCUGUUUUAUAACUCACUGCCGCCGCAUGAGCGCACCCACCUCGAGUCAGCUCUUUGUUUCGAGCUUGACCACUGCGACGACCCCGUCGUCUACAACCGUAUCUGUGAGCGUCUGGCCGAAAUGAACUUGCAGUUGGCUCAAAAUGUCGCCGCCAUGGUCGGUGCUGCGGUGCCGCAAAAGUCCCCACGGGCCGCUCAUGCCCGCUCCUCGAGGGCUCUUGCCCAGUCAUACUAUGCCCCACGAAUUCCCACCAUCGAGACUCGCCGUGUCGCUAUCCUUCUUAGUGACGGCUUUGCGAGCGCCGACUUUGCCUCUAUGAUGGCUGCGCUCAAAGACGCUCGCGCUUUUCCAUGCAUUAUCGGCCCCCGCCGGUCCUCCAUCAAUCCAGCUGAUGCCUCAGCCUCGGGAGCACAAUCCGUCACGCCAGCGCACCAUUUUGAAGGCUUGCGGUCCACUAUGGUCGAUGCCGUGUUCGUUCCGGAUGGCAGCCACGUGGCCGACCUGUGCCGGAACGGGCGAGCUGUGCAAUGGGUGCGCGAGGCGUUUGCGCACUGCAAAGCCAUUGCGGCCACGGGUAGAGGUGUUGAGCUUGUGCGAGAGGCUCUGGGACCACUAGCGCAUGGACAUGUCAAGUUGUCGACCCAGGCCCAGGAUCAUGUUGAAGAGAGCUAUGGAGUCAUCACUGCGGGGAGUGUUGGGCCAAAACACGUUGGGAAUGUGUUGGACAUAAUGAAAACCGCCGAGGGCUUCCUGGGCAAGUUUUUCGCCGCGAUUAGCAGGCAUAGGACUUAUGAAAGGGAGCUCACAACGCAGCUGGCCUACUAA